UGAAACCACGUCGCCAGAAAGUUCACUGAAGUUGGAUGUUGCGGACAACAUCUCUGAGGUCUGGCAAACUUGUACUUGUGUGGGGAAGAGUGGUUUGUUCUGUGAGGAAGAUGACGGAAUCUCAAAGUAACGUUCGUGAAAAGAGGGUGCAGCCCCCAUGGGAGGUCCCCAAGGGAAGUAAGCAGUGUCAGCUGAAACUCUACAACAGCCUCACAAGGCAGAAGGAGGUGUUUGUACCCCAGACUGGGCGUGUUGUCACCUGGUAUGGCUGUGGGCCAACUGUGUAUGACCAGUCCCACAUGGGGCAUGCCAGGUCAUACAUUUCCUUUGAUAUUUUGCGGCGGGUGAUGAGAGACUACUUUAACUACGAGGUGUUCUACUGCAUGAACAUUACAGAUAUUGAUGACAAGAUUAUAAGACGAGCUCGUCAAAAUUAUUUACUGGAGAAAUACAAAGAGAAAGAACUGUCAUUGAAACAGGUGUUAGAGGAUACAAAAGAGGCAGCUAAGCCAUUUAGAGAGAAGCUAUUGGCAGAGACUGACCCUGACAAGAAAGCCAUGUAUGAGAGGAUCUACAAGAAGGUAGAGGGUGCUGUACACAGGCUGGAGGCAGCAGUGAAGGCCAGUGACCCUGCAGAAAUCUUAUUGAAGAUUCAAAAAGACCUACUUGCUGAUUGGCUGGAUGCCAAACAUGGGUCAGAGGUUACAGAUAAUUCCAUAUUUGCUGCCCUGCCUCGACAUUUUGAGGAAGAAUUUCAUAAAGACAUGGAAGCCUUAAAUGUGCUUCCUGCUGAUGCACUCACCAGGGUCAGUGAGUACAUGCCAGAAAUCAUUGAUUAUGUGCAGAAAAUCAUCAGCAACAAAUUUGCAUACGAGUCAAAUGGGUCUGUGUAUUUUGACACAUUGGCAUUUAGCAAAUCUGACAACCACCAUUAUGCUAAACUGGUGCCCGAGGCAUUUGGAGACAGCAAAGCUCUUCAUGAGGGGGAAGGUGAUCUGAGCAUCUCAGAGGACAGACUUAGUGAGAAGCGUAGCCCUAAUGACUUUGCCCUGUGGAAAGCCUCUAAACCGGGGGAGCCAUUUUGGGACUCACCCUGGGGAAAGGGUCGCCCAGGCUGGCACAUUGAAUGCUCUGUCAUGGCCAGCAGUAUAGUUGGGGCUUCCAUGGACAUCCAUACAGGGGGAUUUGACCUCAAGUUUCCUCACCAUGACAACGAACUCGCCCAGUCUGAGGCAUACUAUGGUAACGAUCACUGGGUGCGGUACUUCCUCCACGCUGGGCAUCUGACCAUUGAAGGGUGCAAAAUGUCUAAAUCCCUUAAGAACUUCAUCACAAUCAAAGAUGCUUUGAAGAGGCACACAGCUCGUCAGCUGAGAAUCGCAUUCCUGCUUCAUUCCUGGAAGGACACUCUUGACUAUAGUGAUAACACUAUGGAAGUGUCUCUACAGUUUGAAAAGCAUGUGAAUGAAUUUUUUUUGGUAGUGAAGGACAUCUUGAGGAACACACCCAGUCAUGGAAUAGCUGCAUUUGAGAAAUGGAAUGAAGUGGAAAAAAAUCUCAAUUCAGUGUUUCUGGAGAAAUGCCAAGGCGUCCAUGAAUGUCUCUGUGAUUCUGUGGAUACUCGCGGAGCUCUGGAGAAUAUCCGUGAGUUGGUGAGCAGUGCAAAUAUCUACAUCGGUGAGCAUAGGGCAGCGAAGACAACACCAAACCGCAUGCUACUGAAAAACAUCGCUGCUUAUAUCACCAACCUCAUGAGGAUGUUUGGGGCAAUCAGUGAAGAGGAGAAAGUGGGCUUCCCAUUGGGUGGAAUGGAGUCUGUCAAUGUUGAGGAGACUGUUAUGCCAUACUUGAAUGCCUUUGCAAAGUUCCGGGAAGAAGUGCGACAAGAGGCAAGAAAUCAGAAAGCGGUAGGGAUCUUGAAGCUGUGUGAUGAGGUCCGUGACAGCACCCUGCCCAAUCUGGGGGUGCGUCUUGAGGACCAGGAGGGUCAGCAGUCCGUCAUCAAGCUGGUUGACCGGGAAACUCUUAUGAAGGAAAGGGAAGAGAAACUGAAGGUUGAGGAACAAAAGCGGCUUGAGAAGGAGAAGAAAAAACAGGCGCAGGAAGCUGAGAAGGCAGCUAAGGAAGCUCAGAAGAGACUGCCACCAUCAGAAAUGUUUAAACAUGAAACAAACAAGUAUUCACAGUUUGAUGACAAGGGCCUGCCUACCCAUGAUGCCACGGGAAAGGAGCUGAGCAAGUCCCAGCUAAAGAAACUGGUCAAACUGUACGAGGCCCAGGAGAAGAAGUACAAGGAGUACAUGAACAGCUCCGCCCAUGACGGGGGCAGUGAUUCCGGGGCCAAGGGCGGUCAAUGAUGAUGAGGGGCCAUAAUUAUCAACUUUUAAACUAACUCUACAAAAUAAUGUGAAAUAAAGAAUUUCUUAAUUUAUUGCAUUGUAUCAAAACUGUUUUCAGUUGUAAAUGUGGUUGUCAAAUGUAGUUGUUUCUUGAGCUACAUCAGUGUGCUGCUUGCAGAGUUGUUGUUGAGGUACAUGUAUACCUGUCUCUCUUUCUCACCUGUGGGAUGGAAGUACACCUAUAAUCAGGCAACCAUUGCCUGGAAUUAAUAAAGUUUUUGUAUCUGCAAAGCAGUUGACCCAUUUUUAGUUCAAACCAGACUAAAAUCUAUCAAAAUCCUGUUACGUUCAUCAGAACAGUUCUGCUGCCUGUCUCUCUUCUGAUAUGUGAUAACAUUAUGAGAAACAUUUUAUUUUAGCGGAGUUAACGUAUGUCUUGUUACGUUAGCCAGUAAAUCAAUCAAGUCAUGAUUUUGAAGUUCUUUGUCAGAGCCACAGCUUGUAUUCUGAUGAAAGUCAAUUGUUCUUGAGUAUUUUGUAAACUCAAAGAAAGAGAAUCUGAUUGUUUUUUUUAACAUUCUAGCAUAAUCCAGAUUAGGGUCUUAGGCUAUCUUGGCUCUUCCAUCAGCUACACUGCCCUUGAGUAUUUUGUUAACUCAUAAGCAGCGUACAAAGAGAAUCUAAUAUAAUUGUAUUUAUUAGCAUUCUCGGGGUCUCAGGCUGUCUUGGCUGUCCCAUCAGCUAAACUGUAACAUCUUAGGUUGUAAUUAAUAUUUUCUAGAUCUCCAAAAGCAAGGAGUUUAUGAAUAAAAAUAGCUAUUGAAAUAUUGUUUUGAUUUUUUUUUUAAAAAGUAGAAUAGCCACAAUGAAGACAUUCUUAGAGAUCAGAAUUUUUAGGAAGUUAACAGCACAGAAUGAAAACUCAAGCAAUCUGUUAGUUUUUGCUUGAAGCAUAGGGGAGGUGUUGGCAUGUUGGGGGGGUGGGCAGGAGUAAAGAAGAAUUUCCCACUUUGCCCUCUGAUUUGUGUCUUUUACAUUACUGUCAAAACUCUAGAUCUAGAGAGUCAACCAAUAUUAUAAGAUAACUCACCUUCUGAUAUAGAUUUAUGGUUUUAGUGCAAUAUAGGUGUCAUGAUUUUGUCUCAAAACCCAUGCCAGACUGCCUUGAUUGUCACUUUCAUGACUGUUGUAAUCAUUUGUUGUGUGGAUACUUAACUUUCGUAUUGAUGUUGUCAUGAAGAAUGAAAUCAGGGGCCAUGAGUUUUCCAUCGACAAUGGAUAUAUUACACCAGCAUAUUCAGUCAUUUUUGUUUAGAGAUAAAUUAUUGGAAUUAGACCAACGCCUAGGUUUUACGUAUUGGAUGUAGUCAAGAAUUGGCAAAUGCACUUAGUUCUGUCUUUGAGAGUCAAACUGCAGGUCUUUCUGAUUGAUAGCCAAUGUUUGUACAUGCAUAUUAUGUUGAAGGGUUUUAUGGAAAAGUGAACUAAAACAAAAACAACUGAUAUCGCAUGUGUUUGAAGAAAUUGCCCUCUAGCGGAAUUUCUUUCUUAACCAUGACUUUAGUUUUACACGGUGGAUGCAACAAAGUGGACCUGCAGUAAGAUAUGCAUAUCAGAUAUCAAACUACAGAUCAAAGAUGCAAUUGCCACUUUACAAUGAACUUUUCAACAUUUCAUGGCUUUGUUUUGAGAUUGGUAAGUGGCUUAACUCACGUGGUAUUAUGCAUGUAUGCAUACAUCAAACAGCAGAGGGUAUUUGUGUUGGAGAUACUACUUCUACCCUGUCAUCAAUGGCUAAAUAAUAACACACAAAGAAGCUUGUGACAAUUUAAAUUCUCACCAGAAUGUAACAGCCCUUCGUUGUGGGCAAGAUAUAAUGUAUGUACAGUAUUAUUGUACAAUAUGCUUCCUGUAAACAUUGUUUUUGUCAUCAAUAAAGCCUGACGUUUUUUCUCAGACUCAUUUGCAAUUUGGAUAUUGACAGAGCUGUGGCGUUCUUUACCUCAUUGCAGUAGUUUGCUGUAUUUAACAACAUAUAAACUAGGUUUAAAUGAUGAUGAUCGGAAUUGCAGGUCGUGGAAAAGGACAUACACCAAAGCAAACCACUGCUAUUUGCAUACCUUCUUACUUAAGUCCG